CAAAAAUUGAUCAUAUUUUGAGCAAUUCGAAGUGUAAUUUGAAGUUAAAUUUGUUGUGAAAUCUUGCACAAUGAGUUUGAAAAACAGUCUUAUUGUUCUGUGGGUUUAUAUUAUGUAUGUCUUAGGGUUGUGGAUAUUUCUUUCUGGCUAUCUUUUGAAGCGAAUUGUUGUGCAUCAAAACAGUAGAUCUUCUGCUAGCAUCAGUGGUGAUAUAAACUGUGGAAAUAUCACUUCUUUAAAUGACAUUUCUGAAAAAUUUGAACAAAAUCUGUCUUUAUUAGAACCUGAAAUAAGUCAUAAAAAUCACUUCAGGCGAUUUGAUAAAGCAGUUUUCGUUAUUAUUGAUGCUUUAAGGUAUGACUUUGUUGAAAGUUAUGAAGCUUCCACGGCAGCUGAGAUGUAUAUUAAUAAAAUGCCAAUUUUGAAGGAAACAGUUCAGAAAUUUCCUGAACAUGCUAUUCUCCUUCAUGUUAGUGCAGAUCCCCCAACAACUACCUUACAAAGACUUAAAGGAUUAACAACUGGUAGCUUUCCAACUUUCAUUGAUGUUAGUUUGAAUUUCGCUAGUGUAGAAAUUACAGAGGACAAUUGGGUUAGGCAAAUGAAUUCUCUGAAUAGAAAUGUAAUCUUUCUAGGGGAUGAUACAUGGGAAGGUCUUUUUCCUAAUCAAUUUCACAGGUCGUUUCCUUAUCCAUCAUUUAAUGUAAAGGACCUUGACACUGUAGAUAGUGGAAUCAUAAGUCAUAUUUUUACGGAAUUAGAGAAAAAUGAUUCAGAUAUCAUCAUUGCUCAUUUUCUUGGAGUUGAUCAUUGCGGACAUAGAUAUGGACCAAAUCAUCCUGAAAUGUCAAGAAAAUUACAGCAGAUGAACUCUGUCAUUCAGAAACUUAUUGAGUCAUUGAAGGCUGAUACUCUUUUAAUCGUACUUGGUGACCAUGGGAUGACUAAGAGUGGUGAUCAUGGAGGGGACAGUUUUUCAGAGACUUCUACAGCAUUGUUCGCAUAUAGUCCUUCAAAGCUGCUGUUUGACAUUGUACCUUGUGAUAAACUUUCUGCUGCUCAAAUCGACAUUGUUCCAACACUUUCACUUCUGCUUGGAUCACCAAUACCAUACUCGAACUUAGGCUCAAUCAUUCCUCGGUUUUUCAGUUUGAAUACCAAUGGUGUCUGCUUUCAUGAAAAACUGGAUCCAUUAGUAGGAUCUGCGUUAGCUGCGGCUGAAAACUGUGUCCAAGUGCAACGAUACUUAAGAGCCUACAGUCUUAUUUCCACUGAAAUAUCCAGUUCAUUUAUAAUGACAUCUGAUGAAAUGCUGAAAAAUACAUCUCAAUUAUGGAGAUCUGUUUCACAUGACAUAAGCAAAAGCUCACACAUAUUAAAAGAAAUUCAGCAAGGGUACAUGGACUAUAUGCAUUUCAUAAGGAGCAGCUGUGCUAAAAAGUGGGCUAAUUUUAAUAUUGAAUUAAUUGCUAUAGGACUCCUUAUACUAUGCUUUUCAGUAGCUUGCAAUUUUUGGAUUGCUGAACAACUGAAUUUUGGCUGUUUUUUAACUAUUGCUGGCUGUCUAACUCUUAUUUUUACUUUACUAGCUUUGUAUUUUUACCAAAACAUAAUACUCUGUUUACCAAUUUUAAUAGUAAUCAUUGGAAUUUUAAUUAAAUUCCAGCGAAAAUUCAUUGAACUUAUUAGCAAUUUGAAACCUGCUAUUCGUUUUCCUACAGUCGUCAUCACAUUUCUCUUCCUGUCAAGUUUUUCAAACAGCUUUGUAGUUUAUGAAGAUCAUGUUGCGUUAUUUCUUUUGCAAUCAAUGAUAUUAUACAGAUUUUGUCCUUCUGUUAUUAAUACCACAAAAGCAUUCUUCGCUUCAACCAACAUAAAACCCAAAUCAACAAAACGGAUUCAAAAAUGGAAUUGGAAACUUAUAUCACAGCCUCUGCUUUUAAUGUGCCUUAUGAUAAGCAUCAGAAUGGGCCAAAACUUCUACAGAUGUCGUGAAGAGCAGAUUGCGUGCGUGAAUUCAGAUUUCAUUACACCAUUAGAAAAAAUACAUGGGUUGCAGACAUACAAAGAAUUCCGACUCAUUGUAUCAUUAAUAUCCCUCAUAAUCCCUGUGACGAUUUUUCUGACAGUUAUAAAUUAUGGAACUACGUUGAAAUCACCAACAGUCACAGCAAUUUGUGUAAAGUAUGGAAUAUUUUUUGGAUGUGUGUGCAUUUGUUUGCGGUGGUGGCUAAACAUUGUAUCACCAGGUGUUGUGGACAAGAUAUUGAGAGGCAACGAGGUAAUUUUAACAAGAUUUGUCACAGUCACAAGUUUAACUAUGUGCAUUGCAGUUUUUAUAUUUCCAAUUUUAUCCGAAAAGCCAUGGGAAUCCCUUUCAAAGGAAAUAUACAAUGGAAGUUUAGGUUAUUUUUUAUUCAUUCUUCUACAGUUGAUAUAUCUUAUAGCUGGUGAUGCUAUGGCUCCUGCUGUUAUGUUUAUGAGCUUAUCAGUUAUCUUGUAUAUUUUACUUAGUGAAAGUUCUUCAGAAUUAAUGGAAACUCAUGUUUGGAUAGAUGCUAUUGUUUGGAGUUUAUCAUCACGAUACUGGUUUUAUGGAACUGCACAUCAACCAACAUUUGCUUCCAUUCAGUGGGAUGCUGCAUUUCUUCUUAAUUACAAAGAAAUAUAUAGCUAUACUUUGUCAGGAAUACUGGUGGUGUUAAAUACAUUUUGCUCAAAUGUGUUGCAUGGGUUAUCUCUACCACUAAUAUUAACAUGGCCACAACCUUACAUGUGCUCUUCGAAGUCACUUUUAAAACUCCAUAUGAAGUAUCUUUUUUGCUUCGGAUUCAAGCUUUUAGGAACUGUGUGUGCAUCAAUCAUCCUGAGGCAACAUUUGAUGGUAUGGAAAAUAUUUUCACCAAAAUUGCUCUUUGAAGUAGUUGGCAUUAUCAUCAGCAUGGCAUGUGUUAGUGUGAGCCAUUGUUUUAUGUCCAUUGUUAUUUCAAAAUAUCAUACAUUUAUUAGAUCACACUAUGGUAAUCCAUUUGUAAAUAAAGAAUAA